AUGUCGCAGUGCGAUGGUCAAGCAUUCUCGUUUCCAGUCUCCCCAGUAAUUGUGGCGGACGGCAUUUCGAAGAAAAGGAUCAUUGACCAUGUUGUUUUAUUGGUUUGGAUAAUAACAAAAGUAAUAACAGAACUUGCUUUGUUCCGUCGACCGUUGAAAGUCGUUAGCCUUGGUUCUUCGGCCUGGGCUCAGAGAUAUCGGAUUGAUGUCGAGGCCCAGGAACACACAGAUAGCUAUUUCAUGAAAAUAUCAUUUGGGGAUCAUGGCAGGGAAGCCCUCAAGGGAGAAUUCGAAUCUACUUUGGCAAUCCAUAGCAUAGUUGGAAGCUUCACUCCCAGGCCAAUCAAAUGGGGAUCCAUCAAAGCUCUUUCAGGUGCACAUUAUUAUCUCUGUCGUUUCUACGACUUUGCGGAACAUGCUCCUAAACCAGCAGAGUUUUGCCAGAAUAUCGCCUUUCUCCAUUCGAGGAGCGAUUCGCCAAGCGGCAAAUUCGGGUUUCACCUUGUGACAUACAACGGCGACCUGCCUCAGGAGAAUGGCUACAUUGACACGUGGGAGGAAUUCUUCCCGAUCGGAUUUAGGCACAUGGUAAAUAUGAACAUAGAACGUGGUGGGCCGUGGCCUGAGCUGGAAGGCCUAGACACUGCUAUGAUUGACAAAGUGAUCCCCCGCUUGUUAAGGCCAAUGGAAACAGGAGGGCGGUCCAUUAAGCCAUCCCUCGUCCAUGGAGACCUGUGGUGCGGAAAUGUCGCAGUCGAUUCAGCCACAGGGCGGCCGCUUAUAUAUGAUCCUGCGAGCUUUUAUGCGCACAAUGAGUACGAGUUGGGCAAUUGGCGUCCUGAGCGAAAUGGGUUUGACAGAAGCUUCUUUGAUGCCUAUCAUUCAAUUAUUCCAAAGACUGCCCCAACAGAAGACUACAAUGACCGGAUUGCGCUGUAUUCAUUGCGUUUUAAUCUACAAGCCGCGGCCCUCUUCCCCGAGGAUGCUAGCUUUCGAAACUCGGUAAUUGAAGAAAUGAGACAUUUGGUUGCAAAGUACCCGGGAGGCUACGAGGAGUAUGCCAGGAUGCUCUCUGUCGGCCUCGGCACCUUUCAAAGUGAUGAUGGCAACGGAAACGUAAAGCAGGGUGUUCUACAAGCACUGCGCUUCGGCUACAGACACACAGACACCGCUAUUGCUUAUGGAAAUGAGAGGGAGGUUGGUGAGGUCAUCAAGAAGAGCGAGAUAUCUCUGGAGGAGAUAAUUAUUACCACUAAGCUAGCCCUCGACCUCAGCUUAGAGAGGCUGCAAUUGGACUAUGUCGAUUUUUAUCUGAUGCAUUAUACGACAGAGUUCUUGACUGGAUACAAUACAAUCCGUCAUCCUCAUGAAAAGGUUCUCUCACUUGACCAUGAACUGUCGAGAGAUUAUCCAUCGACCUGGACAGCCAUGGAGAUACUGCUGAAGAGACUUGUCGAAUCAUCUAGAAUUCCUCCUGCAGUCAAUCAGAUCGAACUUCACCCGCCCGCUACAUAUGUACCCCAAGUUGAGCUUGUGGACUUUUGCAAAAUCAACAGCAUCCACGUAGCUGCUCGCCAACCACUCGGCGGCAAACCAGUAGCAGCUGUGAACCAGAUAGCCAAAAUAGCGGCAAAGAAUGGGCUUUCGCCAGCCCAAACCAUACUAUCCUGGAUCGUCCAACAAGACAUAUCCGUCACUCCCAAGACUGUCCAGGAGAGCAGAAUGGUAGAGAACCUCGACCUAACACAGUUACCCGAUGAGGACAUGUCAAGGAUGUCCCACAUAUCAAAAAAGAAAGGAGAAGUCCGCUACCUCGAUCCGAAACACCACGUUGACUUCGACAUUUUCGACGAGCAACACGAUCAGCCAGUGCAGGAAUGA